CCCCAGCAAGCCAGGCACGGAAGUGGAUAAACUACCACCCAGAAAACUCAAAAAGCUUUUACAGAGACAAUGGCAGCUCCGACGACUGAGCUCUUGUGCUACAGAGGAAUCACCACUUCUCCCACUCUCUCCAAAACCCUUUCUCUUCUCUCUUCCCCAUUUCAAAUCCCCAAAUCUCUAUCUUCUCCAAUUCCUCGCGCUCCUUCGCUUUCCCUCCACACUUGCCUUCCCUCUCUUCCUCGCUUCCUUUCCCGCUUCUCCACCAAAGAUUUCAAUAUCUCCAUAACAGAUGACCAAGAAGAAGACGGAGAAGAAGAAGAGGAAGAAGAAGUGGGAGAGCUCGUGGAUGAGUCGGACGGCGUAGACGAUUUAUCAAUGGUCUACGCCGAUGACCUCGAAGAAGACGCUCGAUACGUGGUUCAAGAGUUCUCUUCCUCUUUGUCCAGCCAGCUCAGAAUUGAAGAUGAGAAGGAUUCCCAAGAGGAAGUUGGUCGAAAGCAGAGGAGGCAUAAAAGUACAGUUAAAAGUAUCCCUGACCAUCUUCUUCCAACGGUAGCAAUUGUUGGAAGACCAAAUGGGAACAAGGCAAUUGUAGUUGAUGAACCUGGGGUUACUAGGGAUCGCCUUUAUGGUAGAUUUUGGGGAGAUCAUGAAUUUAUGGUGGUGGAUACUGGUGGUGUUCUUACAGUUUCGAAGUCCCAGGCUAGUGUCAUGGAAGAAUUAGCUAUUUCGACAACCAUUGGUAUGGAUGGAAUUCCACUUGCCUCCAGGGAGGCAGCUGUUGCCAGGAUCCCUUCGAUGAUAGAGAAGCAAGCUACUGCAGCUGUUGAAGAAUCAUCUGUCAUUGUAUUCCUUGUUGAUGGCAAGGCAGGUCUAACUGCAGCAGAUGAGGAAAUUUCAGAUUGGCUACGUAAGAACUACUCAGAUAAGUACAUCAUUCUUGCAGUUAACAAGUGUGAAUCUCCACGUAAAGGGAUCAUGCAAGCAUCAGAGUUUUGGUCGUUAGGGUUUUCACCACUUCCUAUAUCUGCUAUAUCUGGAACUGGAACUGGAGAGCUUCUUGAUCUUGUGUGUUCAGGGCUGAAAAAUAUUGAGGAUCCAGAAGAUUUUGCUGAACAAGAAGAUUAUGUUCCUGCAAUUGCGAUUGUUGGCCGACCAAAUGUUGGUAAAAGUAGCAUUUUGAAUGCUUUGGUUGGGGAGGACAGGACAAUUGUUAGCCCAGUCAGUGGAACUACCCGUGAUGCAAUUGAUAUUGAAUUUAUUGGACCAGAUGGACAGAAGUUCCGGCUAAUUGAUACUGCUGGAAUCAGAAGAAGAGCAGUCGUUGCUUCAUCAGGUAGCAUGACAGAGGCUUUAUCGGUAAAUCGAGCGUUUCGUGCCAUUCGUCGUUCUGAUGUUGUGGCUCUUGUAAUUGAGGCCCUGGCUUGUAUCACAGAACAGGAUUGCAAGAUUGCUGAAAGGAUAGAAAGAGAAGGUAAAGGCUGCCUGAUAGUUGUAAACAAAUGGGAUACCAUACCAAAUAAAAACCAGCAGACUGCAACAUACUAUGAGCAGGAUGUUAGGGAAAAGCUUCGUGUUCUUGGUUGGGCACCUAUUGUAUAUUCAACUGCAAUAGCUGGUCAAAGUGUUGACAAGAUUAUCAUUGCUGCUAGCACAGUUGAGAAAGAAAGAUCAAGAAGGCUUAGUACUUCUGUAGUAAAUCAAGUUGUACAGGAGGCACUAGCUUUUAAAUCACCACCAAGGACACGAGGUGGCAAAAGAGGGCGCAUUUAUUACUGCACUCAGGCAGCUAUAAGGCCACCAACAUUUGUGUUCUUUGUCAAUGAUGCAAAACUUUUCCCAGAGACGUACCGCCGUUAUAUGGAGAAGCAACUGCGUUCAGAUGCUGGGUUUCUGGGAACUCCAAUUCGGCUUCUUUGGUCUAACAGGAGGAAAACAGAGAAAGAGGAAGGCAGAGCUGCAACGAGGACACAAUCAAAUCUUGUGCCACGUGACAGAAAAUUGGAGUUAGCUACAUGAAGCAUAUGAAAUAUAGUGUCAUCUCAGAACUGGAAAGGAGUCUGUUCUGGAACAGCUUUGUGCACCGCUGAAACUAUUUACCAGAUGCUGAAGGUACCUUGCAUUGCAAGGUUGGCGGUGUAAAAUUUUCUCCAGUUUUAUUAAUUCUAUCAACCCAUGCGGCAAAUGCCUGUCAUUGCAUGUAUAUCCCUCACCUGUGAUGGCUUCGAACUUGCAAGUUGAGCCUUUGAAUUUACUUUUUUUGUUUGUUGGGUUUAUAGGCCUUUUAAGAUACUUUGGAUUCAAUGUAAAUAACUACUAUGAUAUGAAGAUCCCGCAGAUUUUCUUGAUAAUUGGCACACGCCUGUUUUGUGUUAAUGAAUUAGAUCUGCA